CGCGGGUAGGGGCAGGGGCAGGGGCAGGGGUACGGGUGCGCGUGCGGGCCGCUCCCCGCCGCUCCGCGCCCCCGGCCGGCCCCCGCCGCCGCCAUGGGCUCCCUGCUCAGCCGGCGCAUCGCGGGCGUGGAGGACAUCGACAUCCAGGCCAACUCGGCCUACCGCUACCCGCCCAAGUCCGGAAACUACUUUGCAAGUCACUUCUUCAUGGGAGGCGAGAAGUUUGACACCCCUCACCCCGAGGGCUACCUUUUUGGCGAGAACAUGGAUCUAAACUUCCUUGGGAACAGACCCGUUCAGUUUCCCUAUGUAACUCCAGCUCCACAUGAGCCUGUGAAGACACUGAGAAGUCUGGUGAAUAUCCGCAAAGACUCUCUCCGCCUUGUGAGGUAUAAAGAUGAUGUUGACAGUCCUACUGAGGAGAAUGGGAAGCAGAAGGUCCUGUACAGCCUGGAGUUCACGUUCGAUGCGGAUGCCCGUGUUGCCAUCACAAUCUACUGCCAGGCUACGGAGGAGUUUGUCGGUGGCAUGGCAGUAUACAGCACAAAGAAUCCCUCUCUGCAGUCUGAGACGGUUCAUUACAAGAGAGGGGUAAGCCAGCAAUUCUCCCUGCCUUCCUUCAAGAUUGAUUUCUCGGACUGGAAGGAUGAUGAGCUGAACUUUGACUUGGACCGCGGUGUGUUUCCUGUGGUCAUCAGAGCGGUGGUGGAUGAAGGGGACGUGGUGGUUGAGGUGACAGGUCACGCCCAUGUUCUUCUGGCUGCAUUUGAAAAGCACGUCGAUGGCAGUUUCUCUGUGAAGCCAUUAAAGCAGAAGCAGAUCGUUGACCGCGUGAGCUACCUGCUUCAGGAGAUCUACGGCAUCGAGAACAAGAACAACCAAGAGACCAAGCCUUCGGAUGACGAGAACAGUGACAACAGCAACGAGUGUGUGGUUUGCCUGUCGGACCUCCGCGACACUCUCAUUCUGCCCUGCAGACACCUCUGUCUGUGCAAUUCCUGCGCUGACACCCUGCGCUACCAGGCCAACAACUGCCCCAUCUGCAGGCUGCCCUUCCGCGCCCUGCUGCAGAUCCGAGCUGUGAGGAAAAAGCCAGGGGCUCUGUCACCGGUGUCGUUCAGCCCUGUCCUGGCGCAGAGCGUUGACCAUGACGAGCACUCCUGUCUCUUUAAACCCCUUAAAGUGAACACUGUCUCCCUGCCCAGCAGGAAACCUAGAAGGGACACAAGCUCUGACAACAUCCCUCCGGGCUACGAGCCCAUUUCCUUGCUGGAAGCUCUGAACGGCCUCCGCUCCGUCUCCCCCUCCAUCCCGUCAGCUCCUCUGUAUGAAGAAAUCAGCUACUCUGGCGUGGUGGAUGGGAUGCCCCCCGCGAGCCGGCCGCUUGUUGGGAUGGACAGAGCCGUGGAGAGCAGCCACCAGAAGGGCAAGCGGAGCAAAUCUCCAGAUAGCACGCUACGGUCUCCCUCGUCCCCGAUCCACGAGGAGGAUGAAGAGAAGCUCUCUGAGGACUCGGACUCACAGCCAGCACUGGGCGGGGGCGAGCUGGUCCUGAGGGAGACCAGCUCCCCAGAAAGCGUGGCAGGGGAGGAGAUUGAGGAGGCCUUGUCCCUGCAGCAGGGUAGCUGCCCUCCCUCUGUCGAAGACGUCCUGCAGGACGGCGGCUGUGGCGAGCACAGGAGCCUGACGCAGUCCGAGACCGACCCUCCGGUAGACAUCUACCUGCCAGCACUGGGUCCCGACUCCUGCUCUAUCGGUAUAGAGGAGUAACCGGCUCGUCCGACUUCGCCCAGGCGCUCCCCGGCCCCGGCAGCCCCACGCAGCCCCUCCUGCUGGAGCCGACGCGGCUGCACCUGGAGGACGAGCACGGCCGGCCCUGAGCGCCCCGCACCGGCACCGGGACCCGG